CCGUGUUUGAAGAACAAAUCUCGGUUAAUGUUUUUUUCAUGAGCGAAACUCCCGACGUCUACUAAUCCUCUCUUCGCCCUACUUCGUCGACCAAGGCAGUGAGGAGGCUAUUUCUAGAAACAUCAGCUUUUUAAAGUUCGUCCAUCUCCGCUGAAUUAUCAAGAAAGUUGGACUUUUGUGAAGACGCCACGGAAAACAGGUGUUUUGAUAAGAUGCGGUGCGCCAAAUGUUGUUGGAUUGUCUUCGUCAUAUUGAUUGGGUUAUGGACGGGCGAGGCUCAAGAAUGUGGUCGGCCACCAAUGAUGAACAGGAUUGUUGGAGGUUAUUCUGCGUCAGAAGGUGCUUGGCCUUGGCAGGUGGAUAUCCAGAAAUUUACAGAAGGACACGUGUGUGGAGGAAGUAUCAUCUCGGAAAGCUGGGUCUUGUCUGCUGCACAUUGCUUUCCCAACCCUAAUGACAUCUCCUCCUACACGAUUUACGUGGGCCGAACGCAGCUGAACGGUUGGAACCCGGACGAGUCGAGCCAUGGUGUCCGUCGUGUGGUGGUUCCUCUGGGUUACACUGACCCUGAGUUUGGUCAGGAUAUUGCUCUGGUAGAGCUAAGCACACCUGUUGUGUGGUCUGACCGCAUUCAGCCUGUGUGCUUGCCAUAUGCUAAUGUGGAGUUCAGCAGCGACAUGAAGUGCAUGAUCACCGGAUGGGGUGACAUCCGAGAGGGAGUUGCUCUACAGGGGGUUGGCCCAUUGCAGGAAGUCCAAGUGCCAAUCAUUGACUCGAACACUUGUCAGGAUAUGUAUCUGACAAACCCCACAAAUAACAUCGACAUCCGCAGUGACAUGAUGUGUGCUGGCUUCCAAGAAGGGGGCAAAGACGCCUGCCAGGGUGACUCCGGUGGCCCUCUGGUGUGUGAGAUCAGCGAUGGUAGUUGGGUGCAAGCUGGAAUCGUGAGCUUCGGUCUCAGCUGUGCUAAAGCGAACCGACCUGGAGUCUAUGCUAAAGUGUCCAGCUUUAGUAACUUCAUCCAAAACCACGUUGGAGGAGUCCAGCUCAAGAGCGCAUCGAGUCACAACUGGGCCGACCGGGUCAUGGUGAUCAUCAGGACUCUAACUCUGCUGGUAUUGGUACAGAUUCUGAGAUAGAUGCACAUUAAUCCUUACAGAAGCGAAAAGACCACCCCCAAAUACCGUCCUACAUAAAGAGAGAUUUUAAUGCCAUACGUGGCUUUUUAAUCAUUUUUUUUUUAAACAACUAUAUUAUGUAGUUUACUAUUUUGUUUGUACCAAAGUUACACAGACAUACAUGAAUGAUAUGAAAUCAUUACAUGAAUUUAUUUUACCUGCUCACUUGAUUGUUAUAAUCUUAACUUUAAUCUGAAAUUUGUACUGAUUAACACAGAUGAUUAUACUGUGUAAUUUAACUGUGCAAAAAUGCCACUUUUCAACUGAAUCGACUCAAAUCCAGAUGAACAGAUCUGUGAGAUUUGACAAUCAUAAUGCAAACUGAAGUAUAAAUGGCCUCUUAACAAUUGAGCCAACCUUUUGCACAGUAAUAAUACAUGUUAUGUACCUUUAAAUCAGCACGUUUAAAAGUUUAAGUUCGAGAACAAUUAGAUGUUUACAGAGUCAGUCAGUUGUAUUUUCGUACCUAUUGGUGACUGCUUCUCUUGAAAUGUUGUAAAUAAAACUUUUUUAAUUACAGUGA